AGUACCCAAUCACAACGUUCUCUUUAGAAGUAUUUUGCUUCUGUUUGGACAUGGCAUAGAAAAUCUUCGUAAAAGUUUGUUUUGGUGAAGUUGAGGAUGCUCUGAACUUUCAAGAUGUCCUCGACCUCGAUAGAAGAAGUUUCUGAUCUCGAAGCGCAGUCUUAACUUCCUGAUUGUAACGUAAAAGAAAAAGUAACAAAUGCCAAACCACUACGACUCUGGUAGUGCGACGAAAGAGAGAGCGUUCUACCCCGACGACAUCCAGAAUUUGCCCUUUGCGAGGAACAAAAUGAAUCCACACGACGACGAGUUUCAUUCCCUCUCUGAAGAGAGCGGCCAGCACCUUCAGCUGGACCCGUCGUCGAAAAAUAAAUCGGCAGCAACGUCGCCGCUUUCUCCACAAAACCUCCAAGAUCUCGUGACUGCGCCGCACGACCAAGAAGCUCCGCAUGAUGGGGAACGAGUUUCAACUAUCGCCGAUUUGAUCUCCACUUCCCACCUGUUCGGGUACCUCGGUCUCACCCUGCUGGUCGGUUUCCAGGGACAGCUGGUUGUUUUGGAUUACCUGCACAACAACGUUUUCACGAGCGGGAAUAUCGGUUGGGCGGAAACGUCCACACUCACGAUCGCGGCCGCACAGUGCUUCGCCAUCCCGCUUUUCACCUGGCUGCGCGCGAGCAUCUCCUGCGCUCCGUCGCGGGUGCGGCACUCGCAGUGCGAGCAGGUCCGGGAAUUUGAGGAUGAGCGGAACCUGCAGAAACUCUUCGCACUGUCCUGUCUUUUAAUGAUUACUUGCAGCGUGACGUUCUUCUUCAUCGUAUUACUGUCCUCUUCGACAACCGCUGCUGCUGGUGCAUCAACAACGCAAACGCCUGCGACUUCUUCGGAACAAAGAGCUGAGUCCUCUGAACAAGCUAGUGACACUCUGAAGAACGUGUUUGGUUACUCCUCGCUGCUUCUCCUCGGGUGCGGGCAGCAGUUCUUCAUGAGCAGUGUUUUGGCGGUGGCGGCGAAGCAGAAAACCGAGGCGGAACGGGCACAGUACGCCUGGAGCAAGGGCACCGCGAUCUCGGGAGUUCCGGGGCUUGUGUUGAUGUGGAUCUUUCCGAAGCCGGGCAAGGAGAUGGCGCUCGCGAUUUUUGUCUGCUGUUUCCUGGCAGUGAUCGCCGCCUUCGUGUUGGCGGAAAAGAAACUGUUCGGAAAGAUGAAUGGAAGUAGUGGGGAAAUUCCAGCAGCUGGUUCAAAAACGGAAGAAAAUCACACGGCACAACCGCAUGUUAAUCAAAAUACCACUUCGGAGCAACACGACCUUGUUCUCGACGGCUCCAAAAAAUCCAAUGCGGAGCCACAGGAACACGAACACCGCACCAGCCCAAGCGACACGAAGAACGGCCUCCAGCUGCAGGACGUUACACUCGACGGAGAUGCUGCCACUGGAAACCGGAGAAGCAGUUUCGCUUCCAGUUCAACCCCGCCUAGCACAGAAGAGCUUGCCUCAUCCUCACAACCACGUCUGAAGAUCCCGACGAGCGCGUUGUCCCUAGCCAGUUUGGCCUCCUCGCUACCCGAGCUUUCCGUGUAUCGACGCGUGUUCCAGAAAACCUGGCGCGUGGUUGUCGGCGUGUUUCUGCUAUUCUUCGGCCUGCUAUCCGCAGGAAAUUUUCCGCGCAUUAUGAUGAUAAUGAUGCAAUACUGACUUCUUGAUUUCGCUAUACACGUGGCAGGGGACAACCGCUUUCUAUAAUGAAUAUGACCUUUGUUUUCUUUUUCAGUGAUAGAAUUGUUAUUGUUGUACGUUCAUCUUCAUUGUUCAUUCUUAUGUCCGGAAAAUUAUUUCUGUUGCACACGUCCAUUGCAUUUGGCCGGCGGUGGUCUUGGCGAUUUGGCCACUUUCGGAGGAGAGGGAUCCCGACCGGGUGCAGUUCAAAGUGUUGCUGACGAUGUUCAUCGUGGGCGACUUGGCUGGGAGAUUCACCGCAAGCUACUUGCAGAAAGACAGCAGCGACGAUGUUGAAGAGUGUAUUGAUGUCAACAAAGGCGACGAGAACAAGGAGAGCGCUCAUCUUCAUGCGGGGAUGAACGAGAAGGCGGGCUUGGAGGAUGUGGCCGCAUCCGCAACUGAUGAAAAUGGCUCUCCUACUUCGAGUUUGAGGGACCAGAGAACAUCGCAAGCGAAUACCGGCUUCAGUGCGGACGUUGGUGAGCAGACCAUUGCUGACGUCGAUACUUCCAAGCCCACCUUCAGCAAGGAAGCUACGACGACUGGAAAAGGAACAGCGACAGAGCCGACCAACACCACGGCUUCCCGCGACGAAGUGACAGCUUCGCGGUUUUUCAUUUCCAUCCUCGUCUAUUGCAGCAUCGUGAUCCCGGUCGGAGUCAUUGUUGCCGUCAUUAAUCAGGACGACAUCCCCUUCGUCGUGAAACCCGUGUUGCUCUUCCUGUUCUCGCUGAAGUGGGCCUACACCAGUUCCGUUGCAUACGCGCUGGGUCCGAAAAUGGUGUCCACCGUCGAGGAAAAGGGGAUUGCAGGGCCCAUGGUGGGGCAAGCGCUCGUUUUUGGGAUUUUUCUCGGGUUGCUGGUCUUGAGGUUUGGCUUGUUGGAAGUGAUAACUGCGCUGGAGGGAUGA